AAUGGUGAACGUACCUAAAAACAGAAAAACAUAUUGCAGAAAAUGUGGAAGCCAUUAAAGUUGCAAAGUGUCUUAAUACAAAAAGAGCAAGGAAAGCCCAUUUGCUUAAGGUAGAAGAAGGUACGACAUGAAACAAGCUGGGUAUGGUGGAUAAACAAAGCCAAUUUUCAGAAAGAAAGCAAAGACAACAAAAAAAGUGGCUUUAAAGUAUAUAUAUUUUUGGAGAAUAGGCUUGAAUGCGUCAAGUGUAAAUUAAAGUGGUUGAAAGUUAUUAAGAGAUGCAAGACUAUAGUCUUUGUUGAUGCUAAUUAGCUCAAAAAAUAAUAAGAAGCCAAGAAGAAUGCUAAAUGAG